AUGGCAGACCACACCCUGCACCUGGUGGUUCUGAUCCUCCUCGGGACAGCCCUGUGUGCGGCACAGCCCCGUGGCCGGAUCCUGCGUGGCCAGGAGGCUCCAUCCCACUCCCGGCCCUACAUGGCAUCCGUGCAGGUGAACGGCAAGCACGUGUGCGGAGGCUUCCUGAUAGCAGAGCAGUGGGUGAUGAGCGCAGCGCACUGCCUGGAGGACGUGGCCGAUGGGAAGGUGCAGGUCCUCCUGGGCGCACACUCCCUGUCGCAGCCGGAGCCCUCCAAGCGCCUAUACGACGUGCUCCGCGCAGUGCCCCACCCGGGCAGCCGGGCAGAGACCAUCGACCACGACUUACUCCUGCUGCAGCUCUCUGAGAAAGCCGUGCUGGGCCCUGCCGUGCAGCUCCUGCCAUGGCAGCGCGAGGACCGCGACGUGGCUGCGGGCACUCUCUGCGACGUGGCGGGCUGGGGCGUGGUCAGCCACACCGGCCGGAAACCCGACCGCCUGCAGCACCUACUCCUGCCGGUGCUCGACCGCGCCACCUGCAACCUGCGAACGUACCACGACGGCACCAUCACUGAGCGAAUGAUGUGCGCGGAGAGCAACCGCCGGGACACCUGCAAGGGCGACUCUGGAGGCCCGCUGGUGUGCGGCAGCGUGGCCGAGGGCGUGGUCACCUCGGGUUCACGGGUCUGCGGCAACCGCAAGAAGCCCGGUAUCUACACGCGCUUGGCGAGCUAUGUGGCCUGGAUCGACGGCGUCAUGGCUGAGGGCGCAACCGCCUAA